AUGCAGGAUUACCUCGUGGAGAUCUGCGUCGAUGGCACGCACGCAAAGGGUGCGAAGAAAAAACUGUCCAGCGACAAGAAGAAGGUGGAGGGCAACAAGGCCGGCAGUAGGGAGGCGGGCCACGCGGAAGAUGGCCACCUCGAUGACCACCAAAACGACGCAAUGGAUGACGUAUUGCACGCCGAGAUUGCUGGCGCCGACACCCGGGACUCCUCGGUUCCUUCGCCAACCCCCCCAGACGAUGUCGCGGUUGCCACGGAUGCUGCUCUGCUUUCUGACGACCUUGGCAACCGGAGGCUUCUAGGUGGUGUGAUGAGGACGCUGCUGGCUUCCGCUGGGGGCGACGGUCCCUGCCCCCUGGGUCAGGAGUCCUUUUGGUCAAUCCGCGCCAUCCACGAGACCCACAUCUUCAUCUUUGUGCUCGCCGUGGUGCACAUCAUAUACGCCGGCGUAUCAAUGGGUUUAUGUGCUUGGAAGGUCAAUCAGUGGAAGAGAUGGGAGGCACGUGCCCACACUGGGCUGAGGAAGAUCGACUACACCCGCCUCUUGGACGAGUCGAGUGCUUGCCUCCAUUGGGGCCGCUCCUUCUUUGCUCAGUUUCACCAGCACAUUGAUGAGUCAGUGUACCUUGGCCUACGUCGCUUGUUUAUCGAGCGCAUGCAGUUGGACAACAGCUUCGACUUCCACAAGUUCCUUGUGAACUCCAUGGAGGAAGAGUUCUCCAAGGUGGUCAGCCUUGACUGGGUUAUGUGGGCAGUAGCUGCGAUCUGGAUCUGGAUGCCUCCAUUCGUUGUGUAUGUGAUGGUCAUUGUGGCUGUUGCGAUGACGUUUCUGAUCGGCACCAAGCUGGAGUCGAUUGCCCUCAUGCUUGGCAACGAGGCAUAUACCAUGUAUGCAGACAAGGCACCACCAGGGCACCACAAGCAUCAGAACCCGAUCAUGAGAAAUUUGCAGAAGAUUUCCAUGGGGAUAUCUCACACAUUCCAUUCACAUCGCCACCUCCACCUUGAGGGGCACCAUUGUGACCAUGAUACUGUCCCUGGUCAUUCACGUGGGCAGGUCCAUGGUCCUUCACAGAGGGACAGUGCAUUCCACCCAGAAUAUUGCCACAGCCACAAGAGCAGUCCUAUGGGAGAGGGCUACAAGGAAUGCCCGUCUGAUGGUCGCCAGUCCAGGGAGUCAAUGGUGUCCAAGAAUGACUCCCUCACAAUGUCACUGCCUGGGUCUGACCAGGAAAUCUCAUAUGCCGCAUCCACUUCCUCCGGUGCUGUGCAUAGUGAUGCGGCGCUCCUGUGGCGGCAGUCCAAUGGCAACGGUGGUCACUACUCUGACCAAUUAAACCAGGUUCCUGUUGAUCCUACGAGACCAUCAGAAGGUGCCAAGCACCAGAGGUUGGGUUCUGGCCUCUACUAUGCCAUUGCUACCCCACGGUGCACCCGACGCCAUCAACCUGGAUCGGAGGCUAGCGAUGCACCAAGCCUGUGCUGCUGCAUAGGAUGUUUUGGGGAGAAGGCUACAGACGAGUCUCAUAGCACAUUUGCUGAUGAGUACAUGAUCCCUGAUUCGAUUGUGUUGUUCCCAUUCAAGCGGCCACGCUUGAUGCUCCACGUGUUCCAGCACACCUACUUCCUGAACUCGCUGCUGAUGGCCAUCUUGCUGUUCAACCUCUGGCAAGAAGUUGAACCACACCUCAUCCUUACCUCAAAUUGGAUUUCCCUGUCUCUUGUUAUCGUUGGCAUCGCUGUCAUGUUCUUCACCUCCAUUCUUCUGCUGCCUGUUUACGGACUUACGAUGGUCACCGGCUCUCACUGCCCAAGCAAGGUUAUCAAGAGAGCAAAGAAGCACCACAUCAAGCCCCAUUUGGUCCACACCUUGGAGAGGAUGUCGAUCGCAACCAAAUCAAUGAAUCUGUCCAAGACAUCGAUGGGUCUGGGAAGGACAUCCAUGGGGACAAAAAUGGCAGCAGCAGCAGCAGCAGACACUGAUAAGAAUGGAUCUGUGAUUGGCACUGGAGCAGCCCAUAUUCCAACUCAUUGGUCUGAAAUGUCUGCUGUGGCAACAGAGGCUGCACAUGAGCUUCCUGAGGAGGUUAUUCAUGAACCACAAGAGGAAGACGAUGAGCACCAUGGACACAGUGCACUUGGGAUGUUGGUGGGGGCCAUGUUGAAAACAAAGAAACAGGAGGCCCAGGGCGAUUCUCUUGAGAGAACCUCAUCUGGAGGGCAUCAUACUUCUGUGGAAAUGACAUCUUCCGCUGGUCACCCAUCACUGUUGAGGAAGUCACGCACUCUUUUGAGCAGGGUCUCCAUUCCUCUAAUAGAUCUGCCCGACAUCAAGGAGGUUGCUUCGCCAAAGACAGGGGACGAGGAUAGUGAAGGGUCACAACACUGCAGCGCCCCAUCGCUGGGGAGGAGGUCACGGUCCCUGCUGAGCAGACUUUCGAUGUCAUCAAAGAAAUCUGUGAAGUCAGAGGAUGGCCACGAGGUGGCAGAUGCAGGAGAAGGUGCAGUCCCCAAGAAACGCCGGCCUAGAGUAACAUUCGAGGAUCCCAAACCCGAACCUGAGGCCAAAGAAGACAGUGGUGACUCUAGUGAAGGGGAGACCGCACUCAGGAGGACCAAGUCUGUGAAUCCGAAGCUGCUGGGUGUGUCUGAGGUACCCUCACUUGGCCGGAUAUCUGUAGGGGCGCCCAACAUGGCUCACAGGCCUCCGUCUCUCAAGAGGGCUUCGAUGCCAUUUUUGGAGGUCGUUGAAAAGAAGCAGCAGGCCUAUUUGGAGAAAUCGAGGGCCAAUGCAGACCAUCUAAUGCAUGAGACCCCUGAAGAUUUCAGUCCAAAGCCUAAUGGUCUCGACGUUGCUGCUCAAGGGCAUGCUUGCAGCUCUGGCAGUGGUGAGGGUGAGAAUGCGGAGAAGAGUACUUCACCACGGCCAACCCUGGGUCAUGUUACAGAGUUGCUCAAGAUUGGCGAGCACCAGAAACAGGAGAAAGAAUAG